AUGGAUGGGAUGGGCUGGCAAAUUGGGGUUGUUGGGAUUGAGCUCUUCCAUGGACAGAUUACUCGGGAAGUGCUGGAGGAAUGGAAACAGGUAGUGAAGCUGUGGAUCUUCAAUUUGGGGGGUAUGGGUUGUAGUGCUGGAAUGAUUGCAACUAAGGAUAUGUUGCAAGUUCAUAGGAAUCGAUUUGAUGUCAGCCCCGAGAACAUCACCCAAAAUUGGUAUUUUGGGAACAAGAUAUCGAUGUUAAUACGCAAUUGCUUCUUCCGAUUUGGUGGCGCUGCGGUUUUGCUAUCAAACAUUUUAUCAGACAAACAGACGACCAAUUAA